AAUCCAAAGUGGAAGAUGCGUCCACCCAAUUUCAUUUCUAAAACCGUGCGUCCACAGUUACUCUCUCUCAAUCGUUGAUCAACUCGCUCAACUCAGCAUACAAGAUCACAACAACGAGCAUCCAUGGUUUCCGAUUCUCCUCACAAUCUCCAUCGAGAAUUAGUUGAAGAGCCGCCAAAUGAUGAUGUGGGAACCUUGUCCAACAAGAUAAAUCAGUUGAAAAAGCAAAUCCAGGCCGAGAGAAUUCAAUCCAUUAAGGAAAAACUUCAGAGGAACCAGAAGAAGCUGCAAUGUCAUACUUCAGGAAUAAUGUCAGCAGUAUCAACCAGGGACUCUUCACAAACGGAGGAAAAUACGACACGUUCAAUUCUUUCCUCAAGAAUGGACCGUCCUUUAUGUAAAUUCUAUGGUUUUACCCAGGGUCCAGGAGACAGAAACCAGGGCAAUCAAGACAUGUCAUCUGCUACAAGCAUCAAGAUUCCACGUAUGGAAAGAUUACCACCAUAUACAUCUUGGAUAUUUUUGGACAGGAAUCAGAGAAUGGCUGACGAUCAAUCAGUCGUUGGAAGAAGACGGAUCUAUUAUGAUCAACGUGGAAGUGAGGCAUUGAUAUGUAGUGACAGUGAGGAAGAAUUAACAGAACCUGACGGAGAAAAACAUGAAUUUUGUGAUGCUGAAGACCGUAUUUUAUGUAUGGCAUUUGAGGAACAUGGGUUAAAUGAGGAGGUUUUGAAUGUUGUUAGCAAGUAUGUUGGGGGCACCAGUUUAGAAAUCCAGGAGAGGUACAAAAGCAUCAGAGGAAGUAAUAUUGGUAGGUUGGACCAGCAUCCUAAAAGCUCAGGAGAACAUGAAUUUCCUAUGAGCAUGUAUCUAGAGAAAAACCUGAGUGAUGCAUUAGAUUCUCUUGAUAACCUUUUCUGUCGUCGGUGCCUGAUUUUUGACUGUCGACUGCAUGGCUGUUCUCAACCUUUGAUAUAUCCCAGUGAAAAAAAGACAGUUUGGUCUGAGCCUGUAGGUGAUAGAAAACCAUGUGGUGAUCAGUGCUACCUUCAGUUCAAGGUUGUUAAAAGUUUUUCAAAAGAUUCAACUCCCGGGUCUUUUAGGGAUAAGAAAACUACAAUUGUAGAGGAGACAGAUGGGAUAUUGUCACCAUCCAGUGCAGAAGAACCUGGCAGUCAGAGUACUACACUUCCGACAAGAACUGAUUGUCAUGGAUAUAUCAAUUUAAAUGACCCUGACUCGGAAAACUUGAGUAAACGGAAAGUCACAAAUCAGUCUGACACGGCACAAUGUGACUCAAGAUCGCUUCCUGAUUCUCAGGAUUCUUGUAAAAAGCUGAAAAGAAUCUCAGAUGUAGUUACUGUAAUUACUGAUAAUAGCCAGAGCUUACAUUUGGAUGGACCAAAAGCUGUCACAAAUGUGACAGAACUUAAAAAUUCGUUGAAUUCAAUGGAAGAACAAGUUGAUGGAAUUCUUGGUUUCUCAGAUUGGAAACCUCUAGAGAAAGAGUUAUACUUGAAGGGAGUGGAAAUGUUUGGCAGAAACAGUUGCCUCAUAGCUAGGAACUUACUUUCUGGUUCGAAGACUUGCAUGGAAAUAUCUAGUUAUAUGCACGAUGGAGGCAUGUCAAUGCCCCACAGGUCUAUUAUUUCAGCUGGUUCAAUCAUGGACGACAAAGGAAAAUUUGACACAGAGUGCACGGACCAAGACAUGCCAUCUAGACCGAGGUUGCUGAGAAAAAGAGGCAAAACAAGGAAGUUCAAAUAUUCUUGGAAGUCUGCUGGUCACCCAACAAUAUGGAAAAGAAUUGCUGAUGGCAAAAACCAAUCUUGCAUGCAGUAUACUCCAUGUGGGUGUCAAUCAAUGUGUGGAAAGGAUUGUUCUUGUCUUAAUGGUGGAACAUGCUGUGAAAAAUAUUGUGGUUGUUCAAAGAGCUGCAAGAACCGGUUCAGAGGUUGCCAUUGUGCCAAGAGUCAAUGUAGAAGUCGACAAUGCCCAUGUUUUGCUGCUGGACGUGAAUGUGAUCCAGAUGUCUGUCGAAAUUGUUGGGUUAGCUGUGGGGAUGGUACACUGGGGGAGCCACAUCGGCGUGGAGAAGGUCAAUGCGGAAAUAUGAGACUUCUUUUAAGGCAACAACAGAGGAUUAUCUUAGGGAAAUCUGAUGUUUCUGGAUGGGGAGCCUUCUUAAAGAAUCCUGUUAACAAAAAUGAUUACCUAGGAGAGUACACAGGUGAACUGAUCUCGCACAGAGAAGCCGAUAAGCGUGGGAAAAUAUAUGAUCGCGCGAAUUCAUCUUUCCUUUUCGAUUUGAAUGAGCAGUAUGUUCUUGAUGCUUAUCGUAAAGGAGACAAGUUGAAAUUUGCAAACCACUCAUCAAACCCCAACUGCUAUGCAAAGGUUAUGUUGGUUGCUGGAGAUCAUCGAGUUGGCAUAUUCGCCAAGGAACACAUUGAUGCCGGUGAGGAGCUCUUCUAUGAUUAUUGCUAUGGUCCAGAUCAAGCACCUCCAUGGGCUCGGAAACCUGAGGGUUCCAAGAGAGACGAAUCAGCAGUUCCACAAGGUAGAGCAAAGAAACACCAAUCCCAUUGAUGAGCCAUGGCCAAUGUCCAGCUUGUAUAAACUUGUGGCUUCUACCAGUAUAUUCUCAACAGAGACAAACUUGUGACAUCUCAUGGGAAAGACUCGAGCAACUGUCACUGAAAAGGAAACUAAUAAUUAAUUUGUAGAUGCUAAUAUGCCCUAAAUUAUGGGUAGGGUAUAGUUAGAAAAUAAAAUGGGCAAGAGAUGAAGCAGAUCAAUGUUGAGAGCAAUAAGCUAGAAAUUAGGCUAGCAGUUGGUAUCCUGAGUAGAAAAUUUCCUUUUGGAUGCCCUGCACAUAUUAUUCUACAAACAUGUUUGCUUAUUUGGCAUAAUUUUUCAUAAGAUAAAUAUUCCUAAUAGAGAAAUAGAUAAAUCUUUCUUUGAGGGAAUUCCACUCUUAUCCUUCUACAUGA